CGGCACGGCCGAGAAAGACGCGAAAUAUCGUGAGAUAUUCCAUCGUGAAGGCAAGACCUCGGGCGCCAAGAAAUAAAUCUCAAGUAUAAGGUCUGGCGCGGUUGCAGGAAUACACGCGAUACGGGCUGUAGUACGCUUCAAUUCCAUUACUUCAAAUAUUUUUGUUUUGGAUGGUAUCCAAAUUUUAUAUUUUUUUCUUAGGAACUACUUAGAAAUAUCGUCACCUCCUUGAACCAUGAAAAUGUCAUGGGAAAUAUUUGUUCACCAUUGGGGGAGAAGACAGUGGUGAUUUUUUUCUCAUCCCAAAUGACUCACUGCGUAUCUACACGCCAUGUACGAAAAUAACGAUAGCAACGUAUCGUAUCCUGGAAGUCGGGUUGCCAGUUGCGUGCGAACGGGCGCGUCUUCUGUUAAGCGCUUGCGCAACUGGGUGCGGCCACUCGUCACGGCUUCACCAUUCGUCCUCCCGUGAGGCGUCCGGCGUCCCCGCGCUGUAUUACUUCAGCGCGCGCCGCUUAGUCUCUUAUCAGCAGCCACGAUGAUCGCCCGCCUGCGCAUCUGGGUCCCCGUUGCCUUCCUGGCGCUGCUUGUCGCUUGCGCCUAUGCCGCUAAAGAGGAGAUUCCCAACUCUGACUGCAACAGCGAUUCUCAAUGUCGGUCGUGGUCGAACGCGAAAUGCAACGACAGAGGGCGGUGCGAGUGCCUGGAGGAACACACUCUCUUCAACGACACUGGAUGCGGAAAGGGAGUUCGUGACCGGUGUUAUGAAGGACAUUGUGACGCAAACAAUACUAUAUGUCACACUGAUGUUUGCAUUUGUAAAGUAACCUACACUGCAAAUUACAACAACACAUUCUGCUAUAAACAGCCUCAGGAGUAUGGAGACCUGUGUAACACAACAAGCGAAUGCCCGGAUUUCGGGGACGGAAGAGAGUGUAAUAAAGGACGCUGUGGUUGUCAAGAUGCCUUCGCUUUCAAUCAUACCCAAAAACUUUGCAAAUACAAGAUCGACGAAGUGGGGAAAGCAUGCAAUGAGAACCAGAUAUGUUACCUCGAAAAGGACGGAGACAACCAGCAUGUGCGCUGUGUCGACGAUGUGUGCAAAUGCAUUGGAAAGCUCUCCAAAGACAAGCAGUCUUGUUCCGGUGCUGCCACGUUGCUGGCAUCUACGAGCGCGCUCCUUAUUGCGGUCCUAGCAAGGUCGCUAACGUAACCGCACAUCUACUCAUUUUUUUUAAGAAAAAUGUUGAUUUCGAGAUGCAUGUGAAUAUUUGCUCUGCAUGUGUAUGUGAAUUGUCGAUAAAUGAUGUGCGUUGUGCACGUAAAUUGUUGAUUUCUCUAAAUACUAUCUUGACAAACAAGAAUUUUGUAGUUUUGAAUUUAAGGAAAUGUGAUUUUAAUAAAAAUAACACAAGUUUUAAAAA